AGAGAGAGAGAGAGAGAGAGAGAGAGAGAGAGAGAGAGAGAGAGAGAGAGAGAGAGAGAGAGAGACUCUUUUGAACAGAAGCUCUAAGAAUGUUGAGAGAGACUUCACCAACCGAAGAACAGUAGCACUUCACAUCCAGACUUUUAACUCGAGUGAAAUCCACAUUGGAAGUGCCUCGAGGGGGGGGGAGUCACCCAUGUCACUGCGAGCACUGUUGGCUCUUUUCAUCCACUUCUGCAUGUUACUGCUCCGUUUUAUUGACAGCCAGAAAAGAAAGGACUUGUUUAGAUUAUGAUAUUGCCACGUAUAAGUUGACCAAGUGUUUCUGUAUUUUGUCUUAUUACUUCACUGUGUUUCGUUAUUCACGGUGCAGAUGUUGAAUGCAUACCACAGUUGUUACUUUUUCUAGAUAAAAUUUCAACACUAAAAAAACAAAUUGUUCAGGUUGAUCAUUUUGCAACCAAAUAUGGAACUAAAUCAUUCCAAAGCAUUUUGACCAGCUUGAAGGAUUGAAUCGGUCUCCCAAAGGUAAAUCCUAUUGGACGAUGUUUGUUCUGCACAUUUGAGUAUGUUACGGUUUCACACGCUUCAUGCACUGCUACAGCCUGACUCUUAACACUUUACCAGCUGUGCUCCUUUAUAUCAAAUAAAGAGUCUGCUGAAAUCUCAGUCUGGUGUUUAAUUGUCCAGUGAUCAGCUCAUUCUUCACUGUCAUUCAUUAACUCCACCACACCCACCUCUCUACUGAUAAUGUGAAAGGUUAAGACUUUGGAGUAUCUUUAACAGUCACGUGUUAACAGCUUCUCUCUCACAUAACCAAAGCAACAUGUAGACUAUCCGUCCGGUUCAUUCUCCUGUGAUAAUUUAUAUUUAGAACAUCAUAUCGAAAUUUAAGACGCGUCAAGGUGAGUGACAGGACAAAGACCUUUUAUUUCACUGCAUAACACGAAAGAUUUAAAUGGACAAUCAUUAACUCCAGUAAUGCUUUCACAGACUGUACCUACAGGCUUUCUCCACACUUUGACUGCUGCCUUGAGGAGUUUGAUUCUACUACCUCUCAACAUAAUUGAUCAAAAUUUCAAUUUCCAUUUUGGAUGGUAUUGAAGUUUAUUCUAAAACUUACUAAGGAGGUGCGAUGGAUGUCAGGCACACAGUGUGAAUUUAACAAUGUGUUGGCUCAGCGAUCCAUCUCUCUGACCAUUAGCAGUCACACCGGGCAGGAUGAUUUACCUGGCUCACACAGCUCACUGGCAGUUCCUGGGCCUGAUGGCCGGGGCCAUUGCCUGGAUUCUCAUCCUGACCACAACCGGCCUCAACGAGUGGCGGCUGUGGUACGUGGCCGAUGAGUCCGUCAUCACCUCGGGCGUGGCCUGGGUGGGCAUCUGGAGGGCGUGUUUCUACAGUCAUGUCCUUCCCAGGAUAGAGAACUGUCAGAGCAUCGGCAUCUCGGACCACUUUGCUCCUGCAGAGAUCUCUGUGGCUCAGGUGCUGAUGGUGCUGGCGCUGAUCUGUGGCCUGGUGGGGAACAUCACCGCUGCAGUGGCUGUGAGGAUGGUCUACUUCUCCAUAAAGAAUCGUAGGAACGUAAGGCUGGUCUUUGUGCUGGCAGGGACCCUGUAUGUGCUGACGGGGACGUUGUUAUUGGUGCCGUUGGUGUGGAACAUGAGCUCUGUGCUCAAAAACAGCACCAUAGGCUUUCCUCCUGAGUUCCACCUCCCCGCAGCUCCUGUCAGGCAGCAAGUCGGCUCGGCCAUUGGAGUGGGCAUCUUCGCCUCCAUCCUGAUGCUCAUAAGUGGGGUGCUUUUCCUCUGCUACUGCUACGCCUGGGAGGCCCUCAGCACAGAGGCCCCCAGAGACACCCGGGAUCCGCUCCAAGGUUCCUUGACAGAAACAACCCUAGCACAGAAGUCUGAAUUGCCAGAUGGAACCAACCAAGGCAGGGAUAAUCCUGCAUUUCACACAGAAGAAAUCUCAUGAUGGAAAAAUAUCAGAACACUUCAUUUACAAUCUUGGAUUUGUAUCUUUUUAAUCAAUAGGAAAGUGACUUGGACAAUAUCAUUGAGGAAAGGUUUAAAGAUUUCAAGCCCAGUGCUGCUCACAAAAUGUCUUAUUGACUAAGGACUUACAGAAUUAGUUCAAAGUCAAAGUCAAAGUCAAAGUAUCUUUAUUAGUCUCCCUAAGGAGAAAUUCAUUUUGGACACAGAGAGAAAUUGCUGCAAGGGUUACAACAGAGACACAUAACAAACACAGGGUUAAAACAGUUAAAAGACAAAUGUACAUUGAACAUCUAGGAUACUCAAAGAGCUGUGCAAAUUACAAAUUACCAUUUUGUACA